AUGAAAUUGACCAACAAUGCGAUAGAUUACAUACACUGGGACAAUCCCAACGAACUCGUGGAUCGUUUGAGAUUGUUGGAGGCGUCUCGUCGCGCGGGAAACGACUCGCAUGACAACGAGUUUUUGUCCAUCAUCGAGGAGCUUCGCGAGGCGGGACUGGAGAAGAGACCGCGGGGUGCGGAUCCGCGCGAGAUAGAGGACUUGAGAAAAGAUCUGGAGAAAUUUCGCAAAGAAGUGGGAGAGGCGAUUGAGACUCUGAGAACAAACGCGUACGAUCGAUUAGUACAGUUAGAGAAUGUGUGCACGGAACAGAUAAAAAAACCGUGCGAGAAGGCAGCCAAAGUGGACAUGAGCAUCGAGAAGAGAAAGCUCGCAGAGGAGCUGCACGCGCCCGCGCGACGCAACUUUCCGCGCAGACGAGUCGUCGUGCGCGGUUACGACGAUCUGUGGCAGGCCGACGUGGUCGAGAUGCGCUCUUACGUUCGUCAGAACAAAGGUCGCAACUACAUUCUCACAGUCAUCGAUGUGUUGAGCAAGUACGCGUGGGCGUUGCUGCUUAAGAGCAAGAGCGGCAAAGAGGUCGCUGGGGCGUUCGCGAAGAUCUUUCGCACCGACGAUCGUUGUCCGACGAAUCUGCAAACCGAUUGCGGCAAGGAGUUCUACAACGCGGAUGUGGAAAAUCUGAUGCAUCGGCACGGCGUCAAUCACUACUCCACAUAUUCUGUUAUGAAAGCGUCGGUGGUUAAGCGUUUCAAUCGCACGCUCAAGAACAACAUGUGGAAAAUGUUUACGCUAAACGGAUCGUAUCGCUGGAUCGACGAUCUGCAGCGACUUGUAGCGGAGUACAACGCGCGCAAGCAUCGCACCAUCGGCGCGCGGCCGAUCGACGUAACGCCGGCUUCGAGCGAGCGACUCCUGUGCACGGUGUACAGCAACGUCAAAAUCGCAGGACCGGCGCGAUUCAGAGUCGGCGAUCCUGUGCGCGUGAGCAAGUACAAAACUAUCUUUGCGAAGGGUUAUACUCCAAACUGGACCACCGAGGUGUUCCGCGUUAAAAAGAUGCAACAAACUUCACCAGCGACCUACCUGCUCGAGGAUUAUCGCGGUGAACCAAUAGCCGGUGGAUUUUAUGAGCACGAGUUGCACGCGGUUAAACAUCCGGAUGUGUAUCUCGUAGAAAAGGUUCUGCGUCGUCGAGGCAACGAAGUGUUGGUCAAGUNGUUGGGACUAAACAAUUCACACAAUUCCUGGAUAAAUAAGAACAAUGUGGUCUAA